GUAUGUCCUGUCAUUUGCCUGGUGAGAAUACAGUGUAUUCAAAUGUUGAUUCUAACGUGGAGGAAGCGGUUGAGUCUAGCAGUUCCCAAACCUCAAUGUUGUUAGCAUGGAUGGAUCUCAAUCUUCAGUCAAUGGAUGCACGGAAAUAUACCUUUGCGGAGAUGCCACAAUAUUAUGUAUGGAAUAAAAAAUACAAGAAGUGGCAGCAGCGCAAAAAAGGUACCUGCAUUGCUAGAUUAUAUUACUGCUACCCAUCCGCAAAGGAGCGAUACUAUUUGCGAAUGCUAUUGCAUGUUGUUAGGGGCUGUUGUUCUUAUGAUGAUAUUAGAACAGUGAAUGGGGUGGUAUAUGAAACAUUCCAAAAAGCAUGUUAUGCUCGGGGACUGUUAUCAGGAGAUUCUGAAUGGAAUGAUUGUGUCCAAGAAGCUUCGCACUAGGCUUCUGGUUAUAAACUUAGAAAACUUUUUGUCACAAUUCUUAUUCAUUGUCAGGUGGCUGAUGUGACUUCUUUUUGGUUAAAGAAUUGGGAAUUACUAAGUGAAGGCAUUUUGCAUUCACGACGUAGAGAGCUGAAUUUACCCCAGUUGAAUUUGGCGGAGGAUGAAAUUAAGGAGUUGUGCCUUAUUCAUAUUGACAAAUUGAUGGAUAGAUUUUCGAAGUCAUUAGCAGAUUUCCCUGGGUUUCCUGUUCCCGAUCAGUGUUUGCGUUCACAUACGGUAAACAGGCUGAUAGAUAUGGAGAUGAAUUAUGGACCCGAUGACUUAGAUUGUUCUGAGGAUCGACAUAGUAGACCGUUGAAUGGAGAACAACAAAUCGCUUACGAUAUGGUAUUACAUUCUGUUUAUACCAAUGAGGGUAAAUGCUUUUUUGUGGAUGGAUUUGGGGGUACUGGUAAGACAUUUCUGUGGCGAGCAAUUUGUGAGCAAUUAAGAUUUGAGAAGAAGAUAGUAUUAUGUGUUGCUUCAUCUGGUAUUGCUGCACUGCUCAUGGUCGGUGGAAGAACUGCACACUCAAGAUUUCACAUUCCCCUGGAUGGUGAUAUAAAAUCAACUUGCAAUAUAGAGCAAGGUUCUGAGGUAGCUGAAUUGAUUCUCAAUGCUUCACUUAUUAUCUGGGAUGAGGCACCGAUGGCUCAUAAACACAACAUAGAGGCCCUAGAUAGGACAUUGAGGGAUAUAUUCCGAGUUAAGCAUGUUGAUUCUGAGUUGAAGCCUUUUGGAGCAACUUGCAAUAUAGAGCAAGGUUCUGAGGUAGCUGAAUUGAUUCUCAAUGCUUCACUUAUUAUCUGGGAUGAGGCACCGAUGGCUCAUAAACACAACAUAGAGGCCCUAGAUAGGACAUUGAGGGAUAUAUUCCGAGUUAAGCAUGUUGAUUCUGAGUUGAAGCCUUUUGGAGGUAUGACUAUUGUGUUUGGAGGUGAUUUCCGACAGACGUUACCUAUCAUCACGAAGGGUACACAGACUGAAAUUGUUAAUUCUUCCAUAAAGAGAUCUUAUUUGUGGCGGUCUAUGACAGUAUUGAAGCUAACCGAGAACAUGCGAUUAAAAUUGCCUCAUUCUGAAGCAUCGGCCAGGUUAGCAAUCUCAAAUUUUAGCAAAUGGCUUUUGGAAAUUGGUGAUGGUACAAAUAGUAAUAUUUUUGGAGAAUCAAUUAUCCCGAUACCUCUACACAUUUGUGUUUCCCGUCGCAGUGAUCCAAUUCCUGAUAUUGUUGCUGAAAUAUAUGGUCAGUUACUCUCCACUGAAAAUAUGUCAACCUAUUUGGUUGAGCGAGCUAUCUUAGCCCCUCAUAAUGACACUGUUGCGGCCAUUAACAAUUAUGUAUUGGGUCUAUUUCCUGGUGAAGAAGUUUCUUAUUUUAGUUCGGAUUCGCUAGAGAUUGAUGCCAAUAAUCAGCAUGUUGAAGAAGGGGACUACACAGUUGAAUUCUUGAACUCUUUAAAGAUUGGGAAUUUUCCAGAACAUGAGUUGAAAUUGAAGUUGGGGUGCCAUGUUAUUCUGCUUCGAAAUCUGGAUCAGAGUACUGGGCUUUGCAAUGGAACUCGGAUGAUCGUUAAGAGAUUAGGUAAGUGGUUUAUUGAGGUCCAAAUUUUGACCGGGACACAUGUUGGUGAUACAGUUUUCUUACCACGCCUAAGUCUAUCGGUCCACUACAAGAGCUUAAAUUUCACUCUGGUUCGAAGGCAAUAUCCAAUUGCACUGUCAUAUGCAAUGACAAUUAACAAGAGUCAAGGUCAAACAUUAAAUCACGUUGGCAUCUGCUUGCAAAGACAAGUAUUUUCUCAUGGACAGUUGUAUGUUGCUAUGUCUCGAGUUACGUCGGAAAGGGGACUCAAGAUUCUUAGCUGUGACUCUCAAGGUAAACCGGUGAAGACUAUGCAGAACAUUGUGUUCAUUGAGAUUUUUGAGUAGUGGUUUAUUGAUGUAUUAUGUUUUAUUCGAUUUGAGGACUAAGACUGUCAAAUUUAUCGGGUCGUUACAAUUUGAAUCUUGAGUUCUCAAUUUGUCCAAAUUAUUUUCCUGUUUUUAACAGCCAAUUAUAUGAAAUGUGAUUUAUGCACACUACUUUAUAUUUAAUUGUACCUCAAUUUACUCUACCGAAGGGUAUGCGAGUGUGACCGUUAUAUUGCAAUACGAAGAAGAACUUCCAUAGUCGCAACUGAACUAAACCAAAUUAACACCACAACCCAGCCCACAAAACAACCCAAGCAUGGUUCAGUUAAAUAAAAUAUAGUUAGAGAGGGAAUGCCCAGCCGGAUUUAUUGAAACUAAAUGGCCAACCUAUUCCCAUAAAAAAAAGGCCAACCUACACUACCUUGGGCGGAUCCUUCUCCACUCCCCCACUCCCCCACCUCCUCUACUGCCCAGUAUCCGAUUUUUUUGGAUCUUCUAUGAGGUGAAGGCUGCCGCAUUCCAAGCCAUUAUUUCUUUAUUAAAUACAUUCAUUAUGAUUUUUAUUUCAUGUUAAUUAGUGGUGGUGUGGGCCGGGCCGGCCGGGUUGGCGCAUCAAAUAAUAAUUAGCAACUUUGAGAGGCAAUUUUGGACAAGAAUUGUUGACACAGUCGCAAUUAGCAAUGUUGUUAAAACGGAACCAGACAUCGAUCCGGAUUAGUAAAGGGUUCAAGGUUUAUCAAAUAACCGGUGCUUAAUCGAUAUUAAAAACCGAUCAUAAACCGGUGUCGACUUACUUGGUAGACUUAACAAUUAUUUUUUUUACAAUUAUUGUUUCACUUAUUAGAGAUAAAAGAAUAAAGUGAGAAUUAUUAAAACUGAAAAAGCAUAAUUUGGGCGGCUGCUAGGUCUUUUUUGGGAAAAGUGAACUGAUUUUUCUUCUCUUUAUAUUUUAUUCUGUACUUACCUUCUUUUGUUUUUGAAUUUUUAAUUGCAACAAAAUAAAAGGAAGGCGCAUGUUUGAUUUUAAGAAGGUGGGUCGUUCUCCUAAAAAAAAAAAAAAAGGUGGGUCGUGAGUUCCGUGACACACCCGCCUCUUGAACUCUAAAUGGCCAACCUUCUCCACUCCCCCACGAGGCCACAAAUCCUUCUCCACUCCCCCACUAUCCCACUUUCCACACACACACGUACUCCACUGCAUGCGGCCAAGUAAAUCACGUGUGUAGAAUCACUUUCUCUCCUUUAUAUAAUGGAGAUACCACUUUCUCUCAUGUUAUAAUUUCUGUUUACUACUGCCCAUACAAAACACUUCGGUUCCAUUGACCGUGCGAAUUGCAUUCAAUAUGGCGGGCCUGCCUCAAUUCAAUCAGUAAGUACUGCUCAUGCAUCCAACAAAUACUACAUCAUGUAAUUUCGAUUCUUUUUCACUACUUAAUGCCAAAACUUACAGUCCAAUAUAUAGGCUUCCCCAUGGUUUUAUUGCUAAUCUGCAAUAUGAUGAUGCUCUUGAAAUUUGUGAGCGUGCCGACACCAUCGAUCUCAUUAUGUUGCAAGUGGAUGUCGAAAAUCAGGUAACUAAACAAAUAAAUUUCUUUUUAAUCGUACGCCUUUUGUGGCAUGCUGCAUUUUAUCGAUUUGCUUUGACAAUAUUCGUUUCUGUGUUUACAUCAGGGCACCUCUUUUUUGUUAUCCGGACGUGUAACGAAUUUGACGACGUCCUGGUCCCCUACAUCCAGAAUCCAUUUCGUCCACCUCACAAUUGAGGACGAAUUCAUUGGUGUUGACAUCGUCUUCCAGUCAUCACAGUUACGAACGAUUGUUGAAUCUGUAUUCAGUCAUGCAGAUGUUGUCAAUGCUGACUAUAUGUCCCUUCUGAACAUGCUUGGAGAACAGACAUUUGAAGUCAUGGUCACAGUUGGUCCCUGGAACGAUGCAUUUGGUUAUUGUGAACUUGUGUUGGUGAAAUUAUUUUUGCCUUUGUUGAAUUGAGUACCCUGUCAUGAACAAUGAGACAAUGUAUUGAGUUUUCUUAUUUUGGACUUGCAUGUUAUUUGUCGUAAUACUCAACUAGAUUAGUGAUGCUCUAAAACACAACACCUAACAAUGGCCAAGUGUAACCAAUGAAAGGGACUGCAGUAUAGUGGCACAAGUAAUAAAUAUCGAAUCCACGGGUCUCUAGAGUUACUAUUACUCAGCUUCAGUUCAUUAUCUAGCAAACUAGAUUAAGGAUUGAUUAACUAAACUACUCUACUAACUAAACUAAGUAAAACUACUAAUUACAGUUUGGGAACUCACUUAGGUAUGAUUCCCCCUAGCUCCUCAAUUAGGUCCAAGUUGUAAUUCCUUUUGGUUGAUUUACUGUUGAUUAAACUGCGGAAGAUCCGACAGUAGCUUGGAAUCUCUUAAGCCGACCAAGCCCUCUCAGUCUAACUAUCCGGCAGACGACUAGUCUUCACCGGGAUAGAAAGCUGAAGCAAUAAGCACAGAACUCCACUACUGGAAUUGGAUUCCAGUACAAAGCAGUAAACUGGCUAACUCUCGUAUAGCAACCUAAUCACAUUCUAUCUAUCUUAGAUUGCAGCAGGAAUCAGGAAAAGUUGAUCAGACUUCAAUUGACUCAAUAAACAUGCAUCAUUCGAUUAUAAUCAAACAAUAUAGCAUCCAAAACUUCAUACAAGAAAGAUCCUAACUCAUGGAACUAAGGUUCCUCAAAACCUAAGUGAAGGGAAGUUACUCCAUAGAGAAGAGAGAGACUGCAGAAAUCUGAUCUAGAUCUUCAAUCUCCAUCUCCAAGCUUGAUUCCCGAGCUCCAAUGGCGAAGAAAUCCUCCAAAAUAGCUCCAAGAAUGUUCCCAAGUCGCUCUCUCUCUCUCUAGGGUUCGUCCCUUGGGUGUUUGGGAUCCAAAACCCAGCUCUCCCCCUUUCCUUUUGCUGAAAAUCGGGUUUUAAACAGCAAUUCCCGACUCACAUGGCCAGGCCACACGGCCGUGUGGCUUUCCCAGCUGCCCGUGUGAAGGCUCGGUGAUUUCCACACGGCCACAUGGCCAGGUCACACGGCCGUGUGGGUUGUGCCCGUGUGCCUUGCUCAGCCUCUGUUUAAUGCUUUGUUUCUCCCUCGUCUGGACUCCGAAUCAGUCGCCGUUUGAUCCCAGACGCUCGUAGUCUCAUCCUCUUUCUUUUCAUGACAAGCUUGCAUGAUUCUUUGUCCAUAAAGUGAGGUAUAAAUC